UCCUCUCCAGUCAUAGUAGCGUGGCAGUGAGAAAUCACAAGGGAAUGCUCGAAAGAGACAAUCGCAAGAUAAAUAAGACGCAUCUCCCUUACGACAUGCCUCUACACUGCCCAGAGCUCCUUCAAUAUUCUUCUAUUCUUUGAAAGCCGCUUCUCUUUGCUCUCCAAAUGUCUGUAGAGGCUAUCUCGGGAACCUUGCCCGCAGCCGCAACGACGUCCUGGGCGAUGGCGGGCACCAUGGCCGAGCAACUCAAAGGCUCAAAGAUGCUUGGGCAGGCACUCAACUAUACGCAGGAGCAUCCCAUCCGAAUCAUUUUGGGUGCAGCAGGCUUAUACCUUGGACCGGGCGGAGUGCUCGCUCUUCCUCUGCGGGCUAUUGGCUUCGGUGCUCUUGGCCCAUUGGCAGGUUCUAUCGCUGCAUACUGGCAAUCCACAUACUAUGGCGGAUACGUGGCCGCGGGUAGCGUUUUCUCCAUUCUGCAAUGGUUGGGGAUGACCGUGGGCGUCUAG